UCACAUACAUAAUUUUUUUCCAAGUUGAAGAAAAAACAAGAAAAUUGAAUUUGAAUUUUUUCCGAAGAAUAUCUGCCAUCGUUCUCCCAUUGGAUUUCCUGCUACGCAAACAAAGGUGUAGCUGUAGCCAUUUUGUAUUGUUCGUCUCCAUAGCGCUUUACCCCUUGAAUCAAUAAUAAUUGAAUGGCUUCGUUGUAAAGGAUAGCUGGAAAGUUUUUCGCCGCUGGAAUGGCAAAUGAAAUUGAAAUUAUAAGCGGAUUCUAGGCCAUUAAGGGAAUAAGUAAGUCAUUUUAUUAUGGUCGGCAGGCUCCAAAAUGGUUCAAAAGAUCCAGCUUUCUUCUCGGCAGUAGCAGCAGCAUUCGAACAAUCCAUAAGACGAUGAUGCUGUUGAUGAUAAUCUCCAUAUGUUUGCAGUUUUUAAAAACGAAUGUAAUGCCAAUCAAGUAAUGGAAUUUUUAACGAUAUGGAAUCGAAAAAUAUUUGGAUAUUUGCAAUUGUUUAUUCAGCAAUACAGCAUUUUGCUUCAUCUUCAACACCCUUAAAACGUCCUCGAGCCGGAGAUCCAUUUGAUACAUUUCCGAAGAAUUUUUGGCAAGAAUUUUCAUCGCCCUUCACCGACACCCCCGAGGAUGAGGAGCUCGAAGUAACCGAGACAACAACCCACGAACCAUUCCCCUUCUUUGCCGAUCCCUAUACCACCGUGAAUGUGAGCACCCAAUUGGGCGCCAGAGUCUACCUGCAUUGUCGAGUUAAUGACUUACAGGGAAAAACAGUAUCAUGGAUGCGGCGAAAAGGCGACGAACUGGCACUCAUUACAUUCGGCCGCCACACAUACAGCGGAGACUCCCGUUAUUCGCUGGAGUUUGAGGAGCCAAACGAUUGGAAACUUUUAAUCCAAUACGCCAACGAACGUGACGAGGGUCCUUAUGAGUGUCAAGUUUCAUCACAUCCGCCUUUAGUGUUGUUAGUCUAUUUGACUGUAAUUGUUCCUCAUGUGGAAAUACUGGAUGAACGUGGCUCCUCAACACCAGAGAAAUAUUACAAAGCCGGCAGUACCAUUGAACUUCAGUGUGUCAUAUCGAAAAUACCGCAGCCAACAUCGUACAUAACAUGGCGACACAAUACACGUCUGCUAAACUAUGAUACCAGUCGCGGUGGUAUUAGCGUUAAAACCGAUAUGCUACCCGGACGUGCUUUCAGUCGCCUCUAUAUUGCCAAUGCCAAUCGACAUGAUACUGGCAACUAUUCGUGUACCCUUGGUAAUGAUAUCACUGGAACUGUGAUGGUACACGUACUAAAUGGUGAAGAACCAGCUGCCAUGCAGCAUGCAUCAGGGUCGACAAUGUCUCCCAUACUCUCGGUUGUGUUAUUUACAGUAAUUGCAGCAUCAUUGUUUGCAGAAAUGCUAUGUCAACGAUGACGACGAUACUAAAAAAGAGGAGAAAAAACUACAACAACAACACUGGCAUCAUCAUUUCAUCGCAGCCAUGGUUACCGGCGAACGAGCCAGUCAGCCGACCAACCAAGCAACCAUUCAAGCAAACCCAUAGGGCUUGACGGAUGUGUGCCCUGCUGGUGGACGGAUGCGGAUAUCCUCCUACCGCUCCACAUCAUGUGUAUUUAUAUCGCGAUGAAGCCAAUAGCAGCCGCAACAACAUCAACAAAUAGCAUAACAUAGCAUAGA